AUGAAGAAUCGCUACAAGAAGGCAAUGAAAAAGGUCCUGCGUUACAGUGUGGAGCUGGAGUUUGGCAGCCGGCAGCCUGCGAGCCACCAGGAGGUGCUAGAUGAGGUCAAGGAGAUGCUGGAUGAAGCUUGCGAGACCAUCGACGAAGUCACCGUGCAAGGUGUCAUGCACCGCAAUGCAGCUGCCAAGCAGAAGAAUCGUUUGUUUCGUGGCAUCUACCGGGCAUGCGUGAAGCAAGGCCUUUUGGCCCGGCGGUCCACGGAGGACCCGUUCAUGCCAGCUUACAAGCUCAUCGGCUACACGCUCCCAGAAUGCAAUUACGUACGCGAGCCGCGCCCGUGGCAGCUGCCAGGAUGGAAGUCUCCUUGGAUGCUGAAGUGGGAGUGGGAAAAGUGGCGGAAGCUGUCUGGCCGGAAGUGA